AUGACGCGAUUCAUGCUCAGCAACAACUAUUUUAGGCCAAAUCACCAGAAAGGGUUUUUACCCGGGAUUUCUGGAUGCCUAGAACACAACACCUUGCUGUCGGAGAGUUUGAAAGAUGCUAGAAAAAGCGAGCGGCAAAUCACUGUUUGUUGGAUAGACUUGGAGAACGCGUUCGGGUCGAUACAACACGAAUUGAUGCUAUUCGCGCUCAGAUGGUACAACUUUCCACCCCUAGUUAGAGAUAUGAUCGCGUCGUAUUACUCAAAAUUAAGGUUUUCUAUAAUAACUAAAGAAGGCCCUUCAAAAGCCUUCGCUGACGAUCUCGCAAUACUGACACGUAACCCCAAACACUGUCAAGUACUAAUGAAGUGGAUCUGUAAGUGGACGGAUGGAUUGAGGACAAAACCCAGUAAAUGUCAUUGUCUGUGUCUUGGUAGGCGGAAUACAAGAUACACCUCAUACGAUCCGGGACUAUCGUUAGGCGGUCAAUGCAUUUCUACGGUUACGGAAAAUGCACCAUUUAAAUUUCUCGGUCGUAAGAUUGAUAAUAUAGGCUGUACUCCAUCUUUAGAAGGAAUAGUAGAUAGCUUCUUGAACGAUCUUAACAAGGCAGUUGGAACUGCUAAGCAUCUGCUGGUGGGAUGUAAGGUACUCCUGGACAGCGGUCAAUACUCGCGUCGUCACGAUAGGGUUCUAGAAGUCAUACGUGAAGCGGUUAGUCUUUCGGUGGCCAGAGCGCAAAAGGAAAUAACCACAAACGAACGAUCAGUAGGUUUUGUGAGAGAAGGCACUAGGGCUACAAAAUCAAACGUCAAGCCUUACUCCAUCCUUAAAGCGGCGUCGGAUUGGACUAUAAUGAUGGACACGUAUGAAAAGCAAUAUAAAAUCCCCGAGGAUAUUUGUGCGUCGGCCUCCAGACCGGAUAUAUUUUUGUUUUCGCGAAUUUUAAAGCGCGUAGUGAUGAUAGAGCUUACGGUCCCUUGGGAAACCAACAUCCCCAAAGACCAUACCCCCAAGGUCAACAAAUAUUACGAGCUCACAAACGAACUCACUCGAAAUAGGUUCGUAGUAGAUUUGUACGCGGUAGAGGUGGGAGCGAGAGGUAUAACAGCGAAAUCGAUCUACAACCUACUAAAGGGCUUGGGCUUGUCCAGAACUCACAUUAAUGCAUUCUUGGAUCGUAUAUCGAAGGCAGCCCUAGUAGGUUCUUUUCAAAUUUGGUUAGGUAGGGAGAGGAGCUUGGACAGUGGAGGUGAGCGUAUAACGCGCGAGAAGUAA